UGCUGUAGAAAUGAUUCAGGUUGAUAAAGAAGUUUGAACAAAUUGUCUUUAUUAUUACUAAUGAAAUUUAAUGCAUUGGAUAGCAUCGCAUCGCAUUUAAUAAAGUAGUGUUGUUAAUAUGAAAAAUCAGGAUCUAGUUGAUUACCUUAAAUGCUGUGGUGUAUGCCAGUUUUGCCAAUUACGUUACCUCAAAGCGCGUGGUAAUGAAUAUCAAAACAAACAACAGUAUUUUGACCGGGUUAACGUCGAGUAUGAAGAGGAGAUUGAUUUGACCGAGGAUCCUGCUAAUAAAAAGAAACGUCAGAAUGUCUGCCCAACAUGUUUGGGCUUAUUUUCUGAAAAUUUUAAAGAACAUCUCCUACAAUCCAUAGUGAAAAGUGACAUCGAUAAAUAUGAGUGCGAUGGAAUUGUUGUUGCUAUUAGUAUUCCUAUAGUUUUACAACUACGACAAUUGUCUAUGUGGUAUGCCUUAUUAGAUAAAUUUGGGGAUAAUAUUAACUUGGAACGCGCGCCCGACGUUUCCUUGAAAGAAGCAAUAAAGCUGAUUUUGAAUCCGAUAAUUUGUGAAAAGCUAAAUAAAAUAUAUGACAUCAACAAUGGAUUAAUGGUAACUAUAAACUUAAUUCAUACAGAAGAAGAGGAAGGAAUUGCUCAACUAGAGAAACUGAAUAGCUUGGUCAAUCCAAGAAAGAAGGGUCAGAAAUUGGAACAAAUUUCAAGGUCAUUAAUUGAGAAAAAAUAUACACCUCUAAGAGUAAGUUCCGAGUUAUUCAAAAAUGCAUUCAUUGUGCCUCCAUCGAUACCAAAUGAAUGUCUUAAAUUCGAUUCAGUUUCGCUGAUUGGACCUUCAACGUAUGUAGCUGGGCGAUAUAGAAAACUUUCUCGUAAACUAUCACAUACUCCGUGGGUUUUGAAUGGUGAAAGGGUAAUGGACGACAGCAUCGAGGAGAUUAUUAUUCGUAAUAUAGCCCAUUAUUUUUGUGAUGAUCCAAAAAGAGUAAACUUUAUGUCAAGUGGUAGAGAAGAUGUGGAUGUUAGGUGCCUUGGUGCAGGUCGACCAUUCGUAUUGGAAAUACCUAAUGCAUUUCGAUCGUCACUGCUAUCUGGCGAAGCAAGGAAAAUAGAGGAAAAUAUAGAUAUGUCCCAGAAAGUAUCAGUUCGUGAUAUUCAAAUAGUCAAACGAGAAGAGUUAACACAUAUAAAGAUGGGAGAAGAACAAAAAAGAAAAUGCUACCGUGCACUUUGUCAAAUCGACACUAAUGUAACGGUAGAUAUUUUAAAAAGGCUGGAUUUUAAAAGUGGAUUUGAAAUUCAACAAAAGACUCCGAUACGUGUAUUACAUCGUCGACCACUUCAUACAAGGCCUCGAACUGUAUAUAGUCUGAAAGCAUCCGUUUGUCGACAACAUCAAAAUUUAAUUAUACUUGACAUCGUCACACAAGCGGGAACAUAUAUCAAAGAGUUAGUGCAUGGGGAAUUUGGGCGCACUAUUCCAUCAGUGGCGUCAUUGGUUGGACAUCAUAUUGAUAUCAUAGCGCUUGAUGUGGUGGAAAUUGAUUUGGAUUGGCCACCUUCCGUUAGCACAUGACAUAAGGAUAACUCAAUUUUCGCGGCAAAUGAAAUUGCGUGGCUUUAUGUUGUUUCUAACUUCAAGUAAAUAAAUAUAGAAUCUAUGCAUUUA